AAUCCUGUCAGAAAGUGAGAUGAAAGUUAGCAUUGCAGCUAAUAAAUUCAUGAGGAAGAAAUAAUUAAGGGUGUUCACAUGAUCCAUGUUCUCAGCUGUGAAGUACAGAGCUAUUGACUAUAACUAUGAGGCUUCAGUCAGGCACAGGAUGAUGAUGAGUUCACUGAUGCUCCCGGUUCCUGUUGAGCUGGAGAAUAAGAUCUACACACACUCGGGGAGGCUGCAGGAUGAUUCGUACCGUAGGCCGUGGUCUGGAAGUUUAGGCACCCCGUAUAAACUGGAAUUCACCGGAUCUGUGUUAGACUGUGUGAAGACUGAGCUUUGUCCGGUGGAGUGUGUGGAACGGUUUACAGUGUGCACAGGGAACUUGGGAGAGGAUGUGGUGCGGAGCUCUAACCCUGCGUCUCCGAGCUGUGUGGAUUCUCAGGACGCUCGCUGCCUGCUGAACAGAGGAGAGAAAGCAGACGAGCAGGACGAAUGGACGGAGACUUUUCCUGAGGUUGAUGUGAACUCAGUCUACUUGAGUGAGCGAGAUUUAUUCCUUCCUGAGGAGGUGAUGAUGAGUGACAAUCAGCUGAAGAGUUAUCUCCCUUCACUCAAAACACUACUGCAAAGACUAAAACCUUACCUUGUGUCAGAUCUACUGGAUCUCCAUCAAACUGGAUUACUACUUACUGAACACAUCACGACUGGGGAGUUCUGUCCAUACUCUCCUGUUCUGUCCUGUGAGGCACCAGCGAGCUGCUCAGACCCUCAGUGGGAUAUCGAGGAGUUCGGGAAAGAGACGUUUCUGCACACUGAGGAUCUCAUGCUACCAGAUUUCAUUGAAACUGAUGUACUCCAGAAGCAGGAGGUCACCUCAUCUCAUCUCAUCCAGCUGCGAGAAGCUCUGAACGUGACUCCAGUGGUAGAAGAAGAACAUGUUCCUGUAUUAGACGCUCUGAAGAGAGACACGGUCACGGCAUCCGAGUGGGAGACUUUCACUGCUCCUGUGACUGACAUCACUGACUCUGAAAGGACAAUCUCUCCACCUCCUUUUAGAUCCUGUGUGGAUCUUGAGUUAGACCUGGUUCUGUCUCCUCUUCAUCCUCCUCCUCCUCCUUCUCCUGAUUGGAGGCUGUCUCUGUCCACUAAUCAGUUUUCAGCUGAGACGCUGUCACCUGUCGAGAGAGUGUGCCUGCUGUCAGAGAGUAAACGGAAGAUCCUGGAGAAAGAGGUGUGUGUGGCAGAGAAACAUCCUCCGUGUGUGGCUAGACUUCUGAUGGCAGAGCCAUGUGUACCCGCACCUCCGGUGAGACGUCAGUCCCUUCCCGAGCUGCUCUCCUCACUCCAGCUCAAGCCGGAAUGUGAUGGCACGGACACGUCCAGCUCCGCUUUACUGCUACCACCGCUGCCGCCUGACUCUAUUCUCAUACAAGUCCUGACUGUAGAGACACACACGGCCGUGAAGACGCCCAUCCCUGAGGAGGACACGAUAGAGCAGUUCACACCGCUCUCUCUCACUCAGAUAGAUGAAAUGCUGGGAGUCUCUGAAACUGUGGCUUCACCCGUCGUGGAGCGUAGAGCUACAGAGACCGUCGCUGCCGCUCCUGCAGGACGAACCAUACGCAAGACAAAAACCGUGACGUUCAAUCUCCCGGACCACGAUUCUCAGGAACGAAGUACUGAACACAAACACCGCGCCCGGUCAAAAACACGCCCGGCGACUCCUUCCACCAGAAAUCCUCGUAGUGAGACGUUAGAGAACAUGGUUAAAAAGUCCAUCCUGAUGAAUUCAGGAUCAAAGCCAGUGAAUUAUCACCAUUCAGAAUCAAAGGACACUUGUGUUAGUAACAGUCACUUCAGUUUCUCUAAGAGUCAGGAGAGCUCUGUGAAUUCAGGCGUUCUCAGUCUUUACAAGGUGCUCUUAGUCAACACAAGCCUGCUGAAGUGCGAAUCACACACUUCCGCUCACACUCUGCCGACAAGAGACAAGGAGCUGAUUAGUCAUGAUAACACUUCAGGUGGUACAAACUGCGUAAAAACAAACUCUGAGAAAUCGACGAGAAAUUUCAGACUGCACUACACACACUCUGCUGCUCAUAAUCAGUCAGCAAAAAACACAUGCACUAAGUCCAACACUUCUACACUCACCGCUGUUCACAGGAAUACUGUACAAAAGCUCCACCCUGAGACCACCACGCCCGUAAACAGAGACCCCAGUCUGUGCUCCACACCAAGGAAAUAUCCAACAAGUCCACAGAGAGAGCUGCGAUUAGAGAACCACGACAACACAAAUCAUCACGAUCAUCUCUCUACGAAGAGCAGAACAGGUUCCUUCACAACCCCAGACCACGCACGUGCAUAUUCAUUCAAAGCCACACCUUCAGCACCGCUGCUCUCCAAUAAACCGAGUUACACACAUGAGGACUCAUCCAAAAAGGAGGGCUUUAGCACGCAGGACGCAAAGACAUCUUUCACUUAUUCAGUGAAACACACACCUGGUAAUCUUACAAAUCAUCCCAGUAAUGUCCUUCCUGAAAAUCUGUUGAAAAACCAGACUGUGCUGAAGUCCCUUUCAACACCGCUCUCUCACAGAGGGACAGUGUCACACACUACAAGUGCUUCAGAAACGCCAAAACAGUUCAGUGUGCCCCAGAAUGCAGGAGUGACCCAGACACCAUGCAGACCUGCUCACCGAGGAGACGGAGGGACACCACAGUCAGCUGGAGUGAGAAAUACGAGUUCAACUGGUCACGUAACUCUGGAGAGCUUGGACCCCGUGUCCUCCUUCAUGAUGCUGAGAGGUGUCCUGAGGUUUCCGGUGGAGCAGAAACCUGAAGCACCACCGCUGCGUAUCACAGGUGAACAGACAGACUGGUUAUUCUCCGUAGUGUCAGUUGGGUGAA